GGAAUCGGUAACAAGACAACAAGCAACAGCAACAACCGUGUCGGCUCCUUCACGACCGCCCACAACAACAAGGACUGCCUUUCACAUAUAUCUUCAUCUCCACCCCUUCGCCACUUUCUUUUGUUCUUUACUGUCCUUUCGCUUUCACCCCCAUCACCGCCAGCCAUGCCUGAACAGGCCCCAGCACCCGCCGCUUCAAAGUCGAAACAUAGUCAUGCUGCAUCGACUGCGCAACCUGCACCUCGCAAAGUGCGCUUUAACGUUGGUGAGCAGUCAUCCGUUGCACUGUUUCUCGCUACGAGAGUGUCAGGCAGCAUAUGAGGUGGUAGUUGAGAAGAUCGGUGAAUGGAGGGAAGAGGGGGACCCUGCAAAACACCCGAGGCUAGCACCGACGAGCACGAUAUGGGCUCGCCUGGGUUCUUAUGUUAAUUGUUGUUGUUAGGCACACAAUACCAGGUCCUCGAUGUCGUAGGAGAAGGUGCUUAUGGUAUCGUUUGCUCUGCCGUCCACCGACCAAGCGGUCGCAAGGUUGCCAUCAAGAAGAUUGCUCCAUUCGACCACUCAAUGUUCUGUUUACGAACACUGCGAGAGCUCAAGUUACUUAAGUUCUUGAGCGAGGCCGGUGUCAGCGAGAAUAUCAUUUCAAUCCUAGAUAUCAUCAAGCCUCCCUCAAUAGAACAGUUCAAAGAGGUGUACUUGAUCCAAGAACUCAUGGAAACUGAUAUGCACCGUGUGAUUCGUACCCAAGAUCUCUCAGACGACCACGCCCAAUACUUCAUCUAUCAAACUUUGCGAGCACUCAAGGCACUGCAUUCGGCCGACGUGAUCCAUCGGGAUCUUAAGCCAUCCAACUUGUUGCUUAACGCGAAUUGUGACUUGAAGGUCUGCGACUUUGGCUUGGCUAGAAGCGUGAAGACGGCAGAGCCGUCGGGUACGGAAACAGGUUUCAUGACUGAGUAUGUUGCGACGAGAUGGUACCGUGCGCCGGAAAUCAUGUUGACCUUCAAGCAGUACACUAAGGCUAUCGAUAUCUGGUCGGUAGGGUGCAUUCUCGCAGAGAUGCUUUCGGGCAAGCCACUCUUCCCCGGGCGGGACUAUCACCACCAGCUUACUCUCAUUCUCGACGUACUCGGGACACCUACUUUGGAUGAAUUCUAUGCUAUCACGACUAGGCGUUCACGAGAUUACAUUCGUGCUUUGCCAUUCCGCAAGAAGAAGCCAUUUGCGACGUUGUUCCCAAAUGCUAAUCCGCUGGCGGUAGACUUUUUGACGAAGAGCCUGACUUUUGAUCCCAAGAAACGUAUCACUGUUGAGGAGGCGCUUGCACAUCCAUAUCUCGAAGCCUAUCACGACCCUGACGAUGAACCAUGUGCACCUCCCCUCGACCCCGAAUUCUUCGAGUUCGAUCUCCACAAAGAUGAUAUCAGCCGUGAACAACUCAAGGAACUGCUCUACGAAGAGAUCAUGUCUUUCCGACCUCCGCCUCUCACAUAAACGUCGUCGUCCCUCGCCAAGGCUCACAUUUCAUUUGAUCUCGUCAAUGAUACCAACAUCAUACAUCAUACACCAUAUAUAUCGACAUCCAUCCCAUCUCCUUGGCGUUCGUGAAGUGAAUUUUUUUGACUGCAUCUGGAAUGUAUUUUUAUGUACCACCAAACCAUCGAACCCAUGGAUCGUUUCUUGCAUUCGGCGAGCGAUGUUGGAUGGAGGAUGGGAGAAUGGGGGGGGGGGCUUGGAAGACACGUCACAAGGGCAAGCACAGAAUGGGUGGUUCAAGAGAGUGGGUUGGGAACAAGGAUUACUUGGGUUAUGCAUUGCGUAUUUCGCACUUGCUGUUUGAUUCGCUUCACGACCGUGCCAGCUGCUUGUAGUAUUCCUAAGUUUGACGUAAAAUUCGCGUGUGUGAUGAAGUUC